GGCUCAGUGCCAUACACUUCACUCGCCUUCUCAACACCAGUUUGCCUCUGGCAGUCCCAAUCAUACCAAUUCCCUUAAUCACCGCCCACCACCCAACCAUGGCCCACCAACCUCAGAAGCCAUCCUCCACUGAAGCCUCAUGGACAGUCUCCGAAUCCACUACUACAAUGGACCAAUCGUCAACGAAAGCAUCUCACGAUGACGCCUCAACAGCCGCAACGUCACUCUGGGCCUCUCCAACACGUACUCCUUCGAUCCUACUCACGGCACGUGAGGGCCAUGAGCAAGACAUACAGAUUCUCGGAAACUGGUUGGAAGACGUAGAGAAAGACUCUGAUGAAAGCGAAGACGGGGAGGUUUCCGAUGGCAUUGAGCGCAGAAACGAUCGUGGUUCAUACCAAGCUAGACUCAAGGAAGACACGAGUUCCUUCCAGAUCAUCACUUCUGGUCUCGAUGUCGGUUGUGCCGUACCUCAGACUGGAGGCUACGACUACUAUGGUAUCUGCGAUGUUAUGGAUGCGUAUGCGGAUGCCAGCAAGCCUGGAGCCGCUAUGGGAAAGGAGGGCGUGAAGGUCGUUGAUGAAGCUAAGCGGAUGAGCAAGGGGAAGAGAGGCAUAGCCCAUAGACUCACCAAAGAGAGCAAGGCCCUCCAAGCCAGUGUCGGUCGUGUCCAGGGAGGUGUGCCUACUAGUGGCUAUCGCCUCGACCACGACGAGCUGGAACGAUUGAACGAACUCCUGCAGCAGGCCGCCAACGAGACCACGCCCGAGGAUGACCGGUCUAGUCACCAGCCCGAUCCUAAAGUCGCCCCGGCAGGCCUUACCCAAAAGCAGACAUUCCGUGAUGCGGUCCGAAAUCAGUUCGGCGAAACCUACGAGUUAUUCAAGGAGUACGAUGAGCGUAUCAAGGCACUCGAGCGCCAUGCGCAGGGGAGCAUCAAUCGGUCCAACCACUGGUUCAGGAUCUGCAUCGUGCUCUUGAUGGUUGGCUUUGGAUGGAAGACUUGCGUCAAAUUCUUCAAUCCGGGCGUGAUGGGUUAGAGAGUAUGAGGCCGGAAGACAUGAGCGGUGGAUACUCAUGCUGUUCCAAGGAGGGACAGCAGAGUUCAGUCGCCGGGAAUUGCACCGGCACUAUGAGCCCACUUGGUCCUGUGUUGCGAUGGUUGGAUCAUGGUGGGUGCCACAAGUCGAGACGUUACUAGAAGGUGCAUCGGCUAGAGUUGAUGGGAAUAGAAAACAGAUCAUUAUUCCCAACAUCCAGCCAUGAAAGAAAGUGCCUUGAGCCAGGGCAACUUCUUAGUCGCUGACACGGUCUGGGUCGUGCAUAUCCCGACUGAUACCACUCAGGGAGCUUUUCAAGAGUGAAAAUGACAAAUUUGUAGAAGAUAUGACGGUCUAUGUGACAAUGAUGACUACUGAAAGCUGAAA